AUGUCCAUCCCGGCAAGUCCGAGACUACAGACUGAAUUCCUGCACUUCUUGGAACAGAAGCUCUUGAACGUAGAGACCCAGCUGCGUGCGUCUGAGCAGGAACGCAACGAGCUACAGAUAGCACUGGCGCAAAGUGAGAGUAAGCAUGAGGCAUCCAGCAAAGCGUUGGAGGAGCUGCGUAGCAAUGCAUCAGAAGUACGUAUCCUCUUCAAUGUCAGGACCAAUGUCUCGACGAUGUUUAUACCCCUCGACCGACAGCCUGAACUCAUUGGAUCGCUCCGGAGCGAACUGACGCACGUCUAUGGCCUGCUGAGCGCAGAACGGGAACAUGGCACGGAAAUGAAACGUGUUCUUCGAGAAAUGGAAGCCAAGACGGGAACUCUUGCGAAUGAACUAGACCAAAGCAAGAUCGAAUUUGAACAGCUCAAAAGACAAGAGAGAGAAGAGCGCUUGAGGCAGGCAGCCAAGGUGAAACAAUCUGAGACAUCUGUGCACGAGAAGGACGAACAGAUCAUGGAACUGCGAAACAAGCUCGCAACCAUCGAGACAGCUCACAAGAAAGCUCUUGUAGCCCACGAAGGGGCUAUUGCCACUGAGAACCAACUGCAACGGCAACUCCGGGAUGUUUCGGCUGAGUUAAAAACCACGAAGGCGACGCUUGCAUCGUCAACUGCCAGCAAGCCUGAUACCACCCGUUACAAGCGCGACUAUGGCAAGAGCAAGGUAUUGGCAAGCGGAGAUGGAGUAUCUCCCGAACAGGUUACGAAGUUCAAAGAUAAGAUGUUGGCACUGCCUGGACCGGGUGAGACGAUCGAUUUCUCGAAUCUUGUACCCAUUGAACUGCCACUUGCCGAACGAUGGAAAAGAAUCGAGGAGCUACGCAAGAAGCAAAUAGUGAAACACCGAGAUCUCACAUCAAGCGGCUGUCUAAUGUGGCUCCCAGACUCUCAGCAUGCACUCCUGGUUUUUCCCAUAUAUAGGUACCGCUCCACUGCCCGUAUGGGUGCUAAGUGGUCGCGCUGCGAGACAACUGGCUUCGCAAAGGGUACAUACGAGCUCUUUCAUGAUUAUCAGAAGAAAUGCUACUACGUCGGCACCUACCAAGCGCUGGAGGGUCCUGGAGACAUUUGUGUUACAGAGAUCUGUGUUACAUCUUUUGUGCGAAGUGUCGCGAACCUACACAAGGCAGUGGCAGAGCAAACCGAGAUAUCUGCGCCCGAUAACAACGCGGUGGCAAUCACUCUUCCUGAAAUGUACCGGAUGGGCAUCCUGAAGACGCAACUCUGUAUAGGGUUUAAUCACCGUCUGGAUGCAGAGUUGCACCGAAAGGGCCCGCCUUUUGAUGAAGCCCUACCUGACAGUGUCCUCGAAACCGAUGGACCCAUCCAGAAGCGUAAACGACCCAGCCAGUCAAGCGGGAGCGACUCGGAAGGGAGCACGGAGGAGACAGAGGAACCGGCAUGCAAGGAGGCAAAAAUAUCCGAGUAG